AUGAAGGUCGUCAUAUCUCCUACCCUCGCCUGCGUCGUGCUUAAUGCCGGCGCAGCCUUUGCAAGUCCUGCAAUGGCUGGGUAUCUCACACCGAGACACGUUCUGCUGCAAGAGCGUGCUGGAAACGAGUGUGGUGAGGGGAUUGGAUCGUGCGACGCAGGAUCCUGCUGCUCGGAGAGCGGCUACUGUGGCACGGAGACCGACUACUGCGCUGGAUCUGAUUGCCAGCUGGAUUACAGCGACUCCUGUGACACUUUCUUCGGUCCUGGCGGGACCAGCACGGAGAGCAUCGCCCGGCCGAAGAUUGGCAAUGUGCCUUAUGGCAGCCCCAUCACGACCUGCGUCGAGUCGGGCAUGAUCGCAUUGACCUUUGAUGACGGCCCGUACACUUACACCAGUGAGAUUCUGGAUCUCUUGGACGAGUACGAUGUCAAGGCAACCUUCAUGAUUGCCGGAAACAACAGGGGCAAGGGUCACAUCGACGACUCGUCCCUGGACUGGCCGGGCGUGCUGCGUCGCAUGUAUGCCGCCGGCCACCACAUUACCAGCCACACGUGGACUCAUCGCAAUCUGAACCAAGUCAACAGCACCAUCAAGCGGUCCGAGAUGAUCUACAACGAGAUGGCCCUCCGCAACGUCUUCGGGUGGAUCCCCACUUACAUGCGACCCCCGUACCUAGAGUGCAGCGCCAGCUCCGGCUGCCAGUCGCUGAUGGGCGAGCUGGGCUACCACGUCGUCAGCACCGACCUCGACACCAAGGACUGGGAGUACGACUCGUCGAUGCUGAUCCAGAACGCCAAGGACAGGUUCAGCGCGGGCGUGUCGACCAAUCCCGCGAGCAACUCGUACAUUGUCCUCGCGCACGACGUGCAUGAGCAGACCGUCACCAACCUGACGGCCUACAUGAUCAGGACCGCGCAGGACCGCGGCUACAAGCUCGUGACGCUGGGCGAGUGCCUCGGAGAUCCCGUGGCGAACUGGUACCGCCAGGCUCCGGGGGGCACGCCCGCGGCGACGAGCUCCGCCAGCUCCGGCGCGUCGUCGACGAGAUCGAGGUCGUCCAGCUCGGCCACGGCGACCAGCGGAGUUGUCAUUUCCCCGAACCAGAAGUGUGGCGGCGAUACGGGCUACACCUGCAUUGGGUCCGGCUUCGGGAACUGCUGCUCCCACUACGGGUACUGCGGUUUCAGUGAUAACUACUGCGGUACCGGCUGCGACGUUGACUUUGGCGAAUGCAACUCAACUUCGGAGGACGUCACCGAUACGACCAACGGUCUUUGCGGGGCUGGCUUCCAUUCCACCUGCAGCAACUACGGCACCAAAACCUGUUGCUCGCAAUACGGCUACUGCGGCAGCAGCAGUGCACAUUGCGGCACCGGCUGCCAGAGCGGCUUCGGGACAUGUAACUGA